AUGAGCACGCACCCACCAAAGUUUCUCAUCCUCUACGGGAGCCUCCGCGAGAGCUCAUACUCGAGAAAGGUGGCUGUCGAGGCAGGUCGCAUCCUCGCCUCGUUCGGUGCCGACGUGCGAGUCUUUGACCCAACAGGUCUGCCCCUCUUCUCCGGAGACGUGGACCCGAAAUCGGACCCAAAGGUUGUCGAGCUGCGCCAGCUGACGAGAUGGUGUGAGGGGAUGGUGUGGGUGAGCCCCGAGAUACACGGGAACCUCUCAGCUGCCUUCAAGAAUCAGAUCGACUGGAUGCCACUCUCCGAGGGCGCGAUCCGGCCGACCCAGGGCAAGACGGUUGCGGUGAUGCAGGUGGAGGCCGGGUCGCAGUCCUUUAACACCGUCAACAACUUGCGCGUGCUGGGCCGAUGGAUGCGUUGCAUCGUGGUGCCAAAUCAGAGCUCCAUCCCCCAAGCGUACAAAGAUAAAUUCGAGGCGGAUGGCUCCCUCAAGGAUACAGACUUCCGCAGCCGCGUUAUCGAUGUGGUGGAGGAGCUCUUCAAGUACACACUGUUGUUGCGCGACCAGCAGCCUUACUUGCUACAGCGCUACUCGGAGCAGAAAAAACAUUGA